AUGUUUCAUAUUUAUCAGCGAUUGAAAUGGAUUUAUCAAAAAUUACAUUUGGAUACAUUUAUGCCAUUUCUUGCUUUAGUUGGGUAUACUGUUCUUGGAGCAUUUAUAUUUCGAGCAAUUGAAAGUGGACCAGAUGAGGAAAGAAGGGCGGCUUAUAGGAAUACUACUGAUUUUGCAAUGGAACAAGUAAGCAACAUUUUUUUUGAAAAUUAGAAAAAGAUAACUUUUGUGAAAUUAAAAAAAACAACGUGAAAAAUCCAGAACGUGAACUGUAUCAUUUUCAGAAAUGUUUCAAAUAAUUCAUUUUUUAUUUUUCCUAACAUCAGAAACAUUACAGUUUAUUGGACGAAUACUUGAAAUAAAAUGCCACGAUCCAAUAACUUCAAACAAUGUUCGACUUCAAGAAAAUCAUGCAAAAACUGCACUUAUUUGGUUUCUCCAUCAUAUGAAUUUGACUGACAUUAUUGAUGAAAGAACUGAAGAAACACCUUGGUCUUGGAUUGGUGCACUUUCUUAUGCUGGACAACUUUAUACAACUAUUGGUAAGUAGCUUUUGGGUCUCGAAAAUUAUUCAAAAUAUUUUCAGGUUACGGUGUUCCGACUGCUCAAACAGUUGGCGGUCGAAUCGCAACAAUAUUUUAUAUUUUAUUUGGUAUUCCGAUAUUUUUGAUAAUUUUGAAAGAUAUGGGAAGAUUAUUAUCAAGAUCUGUGAGAAAAUUAUAUAAAAGAUUGAGAAGUUCAAAAAGAAAAAUAGCUCAAGCAACACCUCUUCAUAAAAUUGCAUUUUCUGGGAAAAAUGAGAAGAAUAACAAUGUUAUAAUGAAUAAUAAUGAAGUUGAAACACCGACAAUUAUUGUGAUUCAAGAAGAUGAGAAAAAGAAAAAAGAAAAUGCCGAAAAUUCAUUCCCAAUUUGGAUUGCUUUGAUCAUUUUGAUAUGUUGGAUUCUAUUUUCUGCUGCAAUGUUUUGUAUUUGGGAAAGAGAAUGGGGUUAUGCGACUUCUGUUUAUUUUUAUUUUGUAUCAAUUAGUACUGUUGGAUUAGGUGAUAUUGUUCUCAAAAAUCCCGAUAUGAUGAUUGUGAAUUUUGGUUUAAUUCUAGUCGGUCUCGCACUUCUAUCAAUGUGUUUCAAUUUAAUCCAGGUAAGCUAAACAAAAAAACAUGAACUCUAAUCUAAUCUCUAUCCCAUAUUUUUGCAAACUAAUAAAUAACAAGUGAUACAUCAUUAAAUGUCAGGUAUCAAUCGAAAAAAUGUUGAAUCGUUUGCUCGAUGAAUACAUUGAGGAAAUUGAAAAAAUGGCCGAAAUCGUGACAAAUGAUGAUGGGUUACAAGAAGAAGCGAUUCCUCUUGAGUUCAAAAUGACUGGAAAUUUGUUGUCGUUGCCAAUGAAAAGAGUGGCAAAUGAUUCGGGAUUUUUAGCCGAGGCAAAAGAAUGGAUGGCUGGAAGAAUUGCGAAUAGUUUAAUUGCAUCAAAAUUAGGAAAUUAUGAUGAAGAUGAAGAGGAAAGUGAUGAAGAAAAAGAUAAAGAAUUGGAUGAAGAAGCUAAGGAUAGAUUAAGUGUGUUGAAUGUGGCUACUGUAGAUACAAUUGUGCAUUCAACAAUGAAUUCAAGAAGGCAAAGUCGUAUCAGUUAUGCUCGUAAGUUUGAAAUAAAGAAAAUUUGAUAAAUGAGAUUUAAAAAAGUCUAGUAUUUGAAAUAUACCUUCCCAAUUAACCACUGAAUUUCAUUUCAGCAUCUGAAAGAUCUGGAGGUAAAAUAUCCGGUCGCCUUCGCCACAAUCGUCCAUUAUUCAACACAAUCCGAACACUGGAAAAAAAUUCGACCAAAAAACGACAAUUUCAAGUCAGCCAUCUUCUCGAAAUUUGUGCAAUCCGACAAAUUAAACAAAUUGAUUGAUGAGGUCGCUGCGGAACCAAAAAAAGUUGCAACAAUCUCAUGUCAGACUGAUGUUUGUGGUUUUGUUGAGGAAAGAAAAACGAGUCGAAGAAGAAUGAAUUAUAGAAUGGGUAAUAUUUAUCUUUGAAAUGUUUUGGAAAAAAUAAUAAUUGUAGAUUCAAAUUCUUCAUUUUCAACAAUAUUUACCAAUUCAUUACUUUUACCCGAUGAUGAUUCUUUGAUGUCUGCCGCAUUUUGCGAUUUGAAAUUUGAUUAUUCAACCGAUGCUGUUUCUCCACCUUCACUUCAUAAAAUCUCAUCACAAUCAAUUUUCAGGGUAGGCUUUCUAGUUCUUCGAUUUUCGUAUCAUAAAAAUCAAAUUGGUUUUCCUCAACAUAAUAUUUUUCUAGAUGGAUGAUGACGAUGUAAUGAAACUUCCUCGUGAAAAAAUCAACCCAAAUUUCAACAAAGCAGUUGGACUUCCGCCAGUAGUUCCAAGAAAACCUUCACAACAAACAUCUCCUCUAGAUGCUGUCGAUGAAAAAGAUCCAGCAGAUAGAGAAAUUCUGAUGACACCUCGAAGAUUGGCAUCACUUUCAGAUAUUGAGUGAGUACCUAUUAGUUUUUUUUUAAUUGUAAACAACAAAAAUUAUUAGAAGUAGAAAUAUGCUUUUCGAUUCGAAAGGUAAGAAUGUUGUGAUACCCUAAAUACAUAUUAUCCUGCUCACAUUCAGAAUGAAAUUUCUGAAAAUGUAUCAAUUUUUUCAGCACAAAAAAAGUGAAACUUGAUACAAGUCUUGAACUUUCACAAGCUCGAAAAAUUUGCGGACUAAUACCUCAGGACUUUUCCGGUGAUUCGCCUUCUCAGUCUACGUAAGUUCUAUUUUUCAACAGGGCCUUUCUCAAAUUUGAAAACUUUUAGAACAACUUCACAAAUCGAAGAUUCUGGAUGCUUCGAACAAUCAAAACGGGAAAUUUUGUGA